AUGGCAGAGAGACGGUGGUGGGUCAGAAACACACGUCGUGUUGGGGCAGAAUCCGAGAAGAGUGAAGGAGGUGGGUAUGUGAGGGCAGAUCAAAUAGAUCUGAAGAGCUUAGAUGAGCAGCUGCCGAGGCAUCUUAGCAGGGCAUGGACCAUGGAGAAGAGCAAGGACAAGAGAGAAGAAGGAGAAGCAGAAUGGCGACCUACAAAUGCUGCGACUAGGCAAGAGUGGGAGAUUGACCCUGCCAAGCUCAUUGUCAAAACUGUCAUUGCUCGUGGCACCUUUGGCACCGUUCACCGUGGCGUUUAUGGUGGCCAAGAUGUCGCCGUUAAACUUCUAGACUGGGGGGAAGAAGGCCACCGGUCAGAGGCUGAACUAGCUUCACUUAGAACAGCUUUUACCCAAGAAGUUGCUGUCUGGCACAAACUUGAUCAUCCUAAUGUAACUAAGUUUAUUGGGGCGACCAUGGGCUCAUCAGAUCUACACAUACAAACAGAAAAUGGUCAUGUUGGCAUGCCGAGUAACAUGUGCUGGGUUGUUGUUGAAUACUGUCCGGGAAGUGCUCUCAAAUCCUACCUUAUAAAAAACAGGAGAAAGAAGCUGGCUUUUAAAGUAGUUGUUCAACUGGCACUAGAUCUUGCACGGGGGUUGAGCUAUCUCCAUUCCAAGAAGAUUGUCCACAGAGAUGUCAAAACAGAAAACAUUCUUCUGGACAAACAACGUAAUGUAAAAAUGGCUGACUUCGGUGUUGCUCGGCUCGAAGCUUCUAAUCCUCAUGACAUGACAGGAGAGACAGGAACGCUUGGAUAUAUGGCACCCGAGGUUCUUAAUGGAAACCCGUAUAAUAGAAAGUGUGAUGUGUAUAGUUUUGGUAUUUGCUUGUGGGAGAUAUACUGCUGUGACAUGCCGUAUCCUGAUCUUACGUUCUCGGAAGUGACGUCAGCUGUCGUCCGCCAGAAUCUAAGGCCAGAAAUACCUCGUUGUUGCCCGAGCUCUCUUGCAAAUGUGACGAAAAGAUGCUGGGACGCAAACCCAGACAAGCGGCCUGAAAUGGACGAGGUGGUAUCCCUGUUGGAGGCAAUUGAUACAUCCAAGGGUGGAGGUAUGAUACCCGGUGAUCAGACUCAAGGUUGCUUCUGUUUUAGCCGGCACAGAGGACCUUGAAAGAAUCUCACUCGACCGAAGUGCCGCUCAGAUAGAAGACUGUGAGUUGUGAAGCCCAUUUUGUAUUUAAUUCAUUGAAGACAUUGGGAUGUUAGAGCUGAGGCAUUCAAAACUGGAGGCUACAUGCCAAGAGAAACCUUGCAGAACCUUGUUUUGGUUUCGUUAUAGGUCAUGCCUUGUGUAAAGCUUUCUCUUCUUUUCUUGUCCCUGCUUUGUUUUGAAAGAAUUAUGCAUCUGGUUGCCGGGUUUGGAGAGGGGACAUGUUCGUCCUGUACCCAUUAGGCAAACUCUUACCCGUCCCAGCUAAGGAUAUCUAAAAUAUUCGUUGGAUAUUUGAAUCUUCAUCCCAUUCCGUAUCCGUUG